AUGGAGAGCCCGGAUCAUUCCAGCAGUACCCGACAGUUCAAGCGCAGCUACGUCGCAUGCGUCUCGUGCCGAGCGCGCAAAUCACGAUGCAUCAUCAAAGACAACCCACCCUGCGCUAAAUGUGCCAGGGAACACCGCGAGUGUCGGUUCGAUCGCCGGCCCAGGGCUCCCAAGCACCGCGAUGCCCCGAAAUGGACCCGUGGGAAUGUGAAUGCUGUGGACGCUGCACGCGCUGCCCAACCUGUUCAGGCGGCGAAUCACUCCCCUUCUGAGGACCUUGGUUUCAAUUCGUCGCCCAAUAAUACCAACCAUCCACUGUACAAUAGAGUGCAGUCAACGAUAGUCACUGGGACUAAUGAUGCGAUGGACUUCCUGUCAAGUGCCGCAGGACAGCAUAGCAUCGCUGGUUCAGCGCCAUCUCAAGGGCAUCCUUCGGCGAGCAAUGUCCAGUCCGAUGGCCCCAAAGUCGUAUCCGGUGGAUCCAAUGGAGUCGGGUUCACCAUCACGGCCCUUUCAGAACCAGAUGAUGCUUGUCUAGAUAUGUGGGAUAAGUGUCGCUUCGUUCGUCAGGGAUGGUUCACGGCACAAGAGGCUGUCACCUACAUCGACCUCUUCUUCAAAAAGCUUGCUCCACUAUCUCCUGUCGUCCUUGACCAAUUCCGCAGCCAUACAUCUCACGAACAUCUUGUUUACAGGGAAGCCAUGCUAUGCUGCACCCUUCUCAUGAUCUCAUCUCGCUUCUUCACACUACCGGGUGCAGGCGGUACAUCUAGAAGCCACUAUGUACACCAGCGCCUCUGGAAUCACUGCGAAGUCCUUAUACGGCGCAUCGUGCUAGGGCAAGAAAAGACAUCAACCUCCCAGACAAGAACUAUCGGCACAAUAGAGAGCCUGAUUCUGAUAUCCGAUUGGCACCCUCGCGCUUUGCAUCUCCCUCCUGAGACAGAUGGCUGGGAUGGCCUACUUGUAACGCCUGGUUAUGACCGAGUCAAUCGCAAGCAUAUCAACAACGAAGUUCCUCUGAUUCGCUGGCGGGAAGAUGUCUUUGAACCAGCCAAGAGGGCAAACAGAAUGUCAUGGAUGCUUCUUGGUAUGGCUAACAACCUUGGCUAUGAACUUGGGAUCUUCUCAGGUCAGACGGGCGAUAUUGGCCAUCCCGUGCAUGCUGAGGUACUUCGUGGACGUCGAGCUCAGAAGCUUCUUUACAACUAUUUGACUCAGACAGCCACGAGACUGGGCUAUCCUUCCGUUUUUCCUGAGAGCAUAUCUGUCAUUGCAUCACGUCUACCAAUGCCAGAUGCGAGUGAACCAGUUGACCAGUCCUGGAUUUCUUAUAUGGACCUCAGUUUGGAGCUUACCCAACUGUCGCGUACAGCAUCUUCGAUGUUCUUUCACUCAGCGGCCCAUCUGCAAACACAAGUACUUGGAGACCACUAUCUAGAUCUACUUGAACACUUCUCGGCAUCUCUGUCAAAGUGGCAAGAGAGGUUUAACCGCAUUAGCCAAGACAUCGCUUCACCGCUCAGAGACACCCUGUUAGUUGAGUUUCAUCAUACCAAAGCAUGUACAGGUGCCAUCUCCAUCCAGGCUGUAGUAGCCCGAGCUUCCUCUGCUGGUUUCACAGCCGCCGCCACCAACUCUGAUGAAGCUCUAUCAGCUUUCAUAACCCCGAAAGACGCCAAGUUCUUGCAAGAGGUCAUCUUUGACACAAAAAAGGUUCUGCAUAUUGCAACCAUGAGCGGUUUCAGAGACCAUCUCCCUUUUGCACCAGCCCGUGUCAAGAUUAGCGUCAUUAGUUCAUCUGUCUUCCUUCUCAAGGCUCUCAGCGUCGGCUCCACCCAUACGGAUGUGAAUGACGCUUUGUACACUUUAGACCAAUGCACAACAACACUUAAGCAAUGCCCUGCGGAUGAUAUGGACUUUGCGUUGAGAUAUGCGGAUCUCAUCGAGAAACAUACCGCACAGUUUCGAGCCCAUCUUACACAGUCCAGAGGUCUAGGUUCUGGUAAUCACAGUGGGCGGGCUUCGAUUCCGAUGAAUAUGGUUCAAGGAGAGACUAGCAUUGAUGGCUCAAACUCAUUCUUGUCUGGACUAGACUCCCAACAGCUUGGAGAUGAUGGGGCAAUGAUGAACUUUGAUAUGGGGGAUACGUGGGUCUCUCUUCCGUUUGACUCGAGCAUAGCUCCUUUCGGCGAAGGGGGUGAUCAAGUCGCUCUGGGGCUGGAUGUGGAUGCGUUGAACUUCUUGUGGAGUUUGCCUGAGCUUGUGCAGGAUGGCGAGACUGGCUUCGCUUAG